AUGUCAACUUCAACCACCACAGAAGACAAGAAAGACCACUGGUCCUCAGAGGCGUACCAAAGCGCAGCAGCCUUCGUGCCCAAGCUCGCGACCAAAGUCAUCGGCUGGCUCGAUGCGCAACCAGACGAUGUUAUUCUGGAUCUUGGCUGCGGCGAUGGCGUGAUCAACGUCGACCUCGCCUCUGAAGUCCUCUCGCGCGGCACGGGCCGAAUUCACGGCACAGAUGCCUCAGCGAGCAUGAUUGCCGCGGCUAAAAAGGCCGCCGAGAGCAAGGGCUUAGGUGAGAAGUGUACAUUUGAAGAGUCCGCGCUGACCAAGACCCCUGCCGUCGCCUUUUUGUCACGCAACGCAGUGGUCGACGCUACAGCCCUGCACACCCAGCCGCAUCUCCAGUCCGCCUCCUUCACGAAGGCCUUCUCCAACGCCGCGAUGCACUGGAUCCUCCGCCCCGAGGCCACCCGGGCGACUUUCUUCCGCGGCGUCCGCGAGGCCCUGCAGCCGGGCGGGACGUUCACCUUUGAGCUCGGGGGGCUGGGCAACGUCGUGGAGAUGCGGACCGCGCUGCUCAUGGCGGUGGCCCGGCGCGCCCCGGGAGGGCUCAAGACGGCGAUGGAGUACGACCCCUGGUUCUUCCCGGACGAGGCGUGGGUACGCAAGACCAUGGAGGACGAGGUCGGCGGGUGGAAGGUCGAGAAGGUGGAGCGCGAGUAUCGCCCUACGCCCGCGGAUCCGGGCGCCAGCGGGGUCGAAGGGUGGGUGAGGCUGAUGGGGGCGAAUUUCUUCGAGGCUAUUCCUGAUGCUGCGGAGAAAGAGGAGGCUGUUAGGGAGGUCGUCGAGGUGCUGAAUGAGGUUUGCAGGGUGCCUGGUGGUGGGUGGCAGUAUGGCUACGUGAGAUUGCGGGCAACCGCGCGGAAGCUCUGA